CUGGGAAGUGGAGUUCUAGUCCAUCGGAUAGCAGGAAACUGCAGGCAAUAGAGACGGUACUCCUGCAUGAGUUCACCUUCACAUUUAUAACUACCCUCAAAAACAGCUAUUUAGCUUGUCCUCCGGAUUCCUUACAUCAUGAACGGGUCAGCAAUGUAUACUGGGCCUAUCGUGCUGGAUAUAAAGUUGAAAAGAGGACCACAAGGUCUGGGGUUUAACAUCGUGGGGGGUCUGGACCAGCAGUAUGUCCUGAAUGACAGUGGGAUCUAUGUGGCCAAAAUCAAAGAGAAUGGCGCUGCAGCGCUGGAUGGAAGAUUACAAGAGGGAGACAAGAUAUUGGUGAUUAAUGGCCACAAGCUGGAGGACCUGUCACACAGUGCAGCGGUGGAGCUGUUCACGUCAGCAGGAGAGGACGUGCAGCUACGCGUGCAGCAGAGGGUGUGUGGGACAACCCCCACCAUGGCCAUGAAUGUUCCUACCAGUUCCAGACCUGACGGUGACUCUUCUGUUUCCUCCUUGGGAAUACUGGUGGCUGUCCUGGGAGCUGCUGCAGCCAUUACUUUCCUCUACAUGCGCUUCCAGCCACAACUGAGGAGGCACUUUUAACACACUACUUUCUCCUCAAUGCAUUUUUAAGAGCAAAAGCUGGGACUGGACUUUGCUGAAGGCCAAAAAAAAAAAACCGAGGAAGAAACGAACUAGUAAAAAAAGUAAGCCACGUUUAUAGUUGUUUAUAUGGUUAGAAUUAUAAUUAUGCAUUUAGUUUAAUUUUUUUCUCCUGUGUAUUUUGUGAAAUUUUUUUAUAUAUUUUUUUUUUUCCAUAGUUGCUUAACCCAAAUGCUAAAAGUACUUUGUUCUCUUGCCACAGGGAUAACACCCAUGACAUGACGGGCUAACUUUGUCGAUGUAUAACAAAGAGAGAUGUAGGCUUCAUAAUAAACAUGGCAUUCCUACUGCUGCUGAGCGGAGCUGUGCUCCUCAGACAGAAGGACUUGGUGGUUAAAAAGCGUUGUUUAUUCCAAAUAUAUAGUUUUAUAUCCGUCGGGAAGGGGAGAGAUUUAUUUGUGGAGUUUCAAGGCAGAGGUUGAGCCCUAACUCACGCUGCUGGCUCAUUAGUUUUGUGUUCUCACAGGGAGGUUUUUGGAAAGGCCAUGUUGUGUUCAGUCACUCAGAGGACCUUUGUAACUGAAUGGCUGAUCUGUUUUGGGGGAGCCUGGCUAUGAGAACUCACUCACUGUAUUUUGAUUUAGCUAGUCUGUUUAUACAGAUGCAUAUUAGCUAUGUGUUUUUGUUUUCAAUCUUUCUUUUGUUAAUGUUUUGUGUCCCCCCCCCGUCUUAAAACCGUCUUUAUAAUGUGUCUCCUCCUGUAGCCUGGUCCCAGAUCUGGUGUCUCCUCUUGUAGCCUGGUCCCAGACCUGGUGUCUCCUCUUGUAGCCUGGUCCCAGAUCUGGUGUCUCCUCUUGUAGCCUGGUCCCAGACCUGGUGUCUCCUCUUGUAGCCUGGUCCCAGACCUGGUGUCUCCUCUUGUAGCCUGGUCCCAGACCUGGUGUCUCCUCUUGUAGCCUGGUCCCAGACCUGGUGUCUCCUCUUGUAGCCUGGUCCCAGACCUGGUGUCUCCUCUUGUAGCCUGGUCCCAGACCUGGUGUCUCCUCUUGUAGCCUGGUCCCAGACCUGGUGUCUCCUCUUGUAGCCUGGUCCCAGACCUGGUGUCUCCUCUUGUAGCCUGGUCCCAGAUCUGGUGUCUCCUCUUGUAGCCUGGUCCCAGAUCUGUCGUCUCCUCUUGUAGCCAAACAGUUUGGCGUGACAAGGAGUUAGCAUGAUGGCACAAAUGGACUGGGGUUGAUGGAAACCAGGCAUCUCUUUAGUGUAUGCCACGUUGUAGAGUAUGUCACCUCCCACGUGUUAUGUCUCUGAAAGAGAGAUGGUAUUUUAAAUGCUUCCAGGUUCACAUUGAGGCUUGGGUUAUUGUUAAAGUAUUUUCUAUUAAUCUAAUCCAGAUGUGUGCAUCACGUAAACAGUAACGGCCGUAGACUACAUGUUUUAUGGAAAGGGGAAAUAUAUGUCGCUUAAUCUAUUGCUUUCGUUUGUUUGCAAAGGAAAACUAAAUAUUGUGACUUUCAAAGGAAUGACGAAAGGUCAAAGAACUCCAUGGGGAGUCAUUCUGUUGAUCCAGUUCUCUGAUAAAGGCCCGAUGCUGCCACCUAGUGAACGUUCAGCAUUCCUGCAGCUCAUCCAAUCACUGUAAUAGACGGUGGACUAACUAGGUGUCGUAAGGGGUGUAAUGUCCUAAAUGGCGCCAUAUUCCCUAUCUAGUGCAUUACUUUUGACCAGGACCCAAUAGGUAGUGCUCUUUUCAAUUUGAGAAUACACGUAGCUGGUAAAAAAAUUAAUAUUUCUGUUAAAUUACAUCUGAUACAUACUAAAUAUUUCAUAUUUAUUUACCACUGAAAUUUCAUGAAAAACCAAAUAAAUAUGUAUACCAGCCUAAAGGUAAACAACUCGCUUAGUGUGCUGCCGAACUGCGGCAACAAGUGGCAAAAAUAGGACGUGUAUUGAGAACGGGUUAGGUGGCGUGUUCAUUCCUGGUCCAACGCUGAGCGGGCCAGAUCCAACAAAAACAGAUAGAAAACUAGUGGGUUAUUAAAACAUCUGUCCUUAAAAACCCUUGUAAUGGACUCACCUUGUUUGAGUGUAGCCUAUGUCUUGAAAUAUCACAUAGGCCUAAUGAUUUAACGUAAAAGAAGCGAAUAUAAUAGCGUUGGCUAUAGCAUAGAAGUAGGCCUAAAUUACUGUAACACUAGAAGGGGAAAAAAAACACUUCUUUAAGCUUUUUAGGAUCCACAUUGAAGCUGAGCAGUCACAUUUCUUUCCCUCGUGCGGUCAAAACUCAACAGCGUGUUGCACUAGGCAGGAUAUAGCCUAAGCUUUCUAUGAUCGAAAACAAAACACACGAAAGACGAUUACUUUGAAACCGUCUGUUGUAAUUCGCUCACGAAAACAGUAAUUCCUGAAGCUCUAAAUGCCUGUGGUAUUGGGUUUUACCUGUAUGUAGGUGUGUGACCCUGCUGACUUAUAGGAAGUUAAUGAGUUCAAUAAGUACAUGCCACGGAAGAACCAGAUCAGGACAGUAGUCUGGUAGGCCUGCGUCACUUGGACAGCGAUGAUAAUAACUGCAAUGCCAAUGCUGUGUGUGUGUGUUUUUUUUUUUUUAUGACGUUAGGGCACCUAUUAAAUUCAUGUUGAAUUUGCGUGCACCAGCAUGAGUCAUUAAUGUAAAUUUAGACUGUUCAUGUAGCACCUUGGACUGGAGUCCGGACACCCAACUGAACCUCAGCCAGACACUGACUGUCCCAUCACUUGAGUACAGAAUAUCACCUCUUCAAACUGUUUGUUUCAGAUGGCAUUAAUGAUUAUUGGUAUAACAAAUGAAUUGCUGUGGCGUUUUGACCUAGUUGAGGUUGGCCAGAUGUCUACACUUUGUCCAUGAAACAAAAAUCAAGCUAGUAUGAAAAUAGACGACAUGUAAAAUAAAAAAAUUAAAAGCUGACCUCUCUAUGUUUAUUCUGCUUCUAUGUGUCCACCAGUUUGGUGUAGUAUAGUUCCCCUUUUCAUCGAAUUAAACCUUGCCAUGAAUUGAAUUGGGUCAGUGAACUUUGUGGAGCAGAAGAAAUUGUGUUGCCCUAUUCUCACUUGACUUGACACUGAAACGUUAGGGAACUAGAAUGAACAUUGGACUUGUGAUGUGGUGUAACGAUUUUUAUGGGAAUAUAUAGACCAACUUUUUAAGAUGAAAGAUCAAAUAAAAGUGUAACAAGUUAUGUUUGUACUAGAUAUUUUCUAGACAAGGAGGCUGAAUUGGCAGCUUUUAGGCUAGCUAAGUUGAAUUAACCUGAGUGACAGUGGCUGUUUUGUGCCAUCUUGUCGUUCCAUUGGCUUGACAACGAGCAAUGGGAUGCCAUCAAGUAGAAGUAUUGUGUUUUUACUGUGGGCAGUGACACAAAACACUUGUAGAGCCCGUGAUGGGCAAGAAUCUAAAGGAAAUGAAUGGUAUUAUAUGGAGUCACUAACAAUGACUAAUCUAGUCUGUUUGUAUCCCAAAUGGAACCCUAGUCCCUAUGUAGUGCCUACAUAAGCCUCUGAUCAAAAGUAGUGCACUAUAUAGGGAAUAGGGUGCCAUUUGGGACUAAGUAGUGCACCAUAUAGGGUGCCAUUUGGGACAAUACUAUGUAUUUGUUUUAAUUUAAAGCACAUUAGGUGUCUGAAAUAAUGCGGCUUGAAUUAACUUCCAUUAUCUUCCCUAAUUUUAUUAUGAAUUUUCCGUAAGAGACAUACUGAGUGCAGCACAUUCAAGUUCACAAUUCAAGUAUGUUUGCCCUGUAUCGUUGUUAGCCAGUACUAUGUUUUGGGAUUAUCAAUGUUAUGCAUUGUAUAAUUUUUGCCUUAAAAUAAAGCAGUAUUUUUGUUUUCAAAUUGAAUAAAACAAUCAAAUAAAUAAACCUUUAUGGUCAGCA